AACUCAGCUAAAUAUAGAAGAAAAUAUAAAUUCUGUUGAGAUAAAGUAUAUAGUUAGCGAAAUGUGUCCACCUAUAAAAAUUCAUAAUGAUGUUGGGGUAAAGGUUUUUCUAGAUCAGAUAAGGGUGAAUUUGGAUUUUUUUACAAAAUAUCCAUUAUGCAUCACUUUGAAAGAUUGUGAGCAGUAUAACGAAUGUCAUAGAGUUAUAGUUAAUGAUAGAAUAAAUUCUGAUGUUAGAUUAUCACAGACUAACAUAGAUCUGUACUCCAACAAUUCUAUCCGUUUGAUCGGAAUGGAUUUAGACGGAGUUGUCAAUGAUAAUAGUGAAGUAGAUAAUUAUAUAAUAUGUGAUCAUUCUAACCUAUUUGUAGUUGAUAAUCAGAUUUAUAAUAAUAAAGAAACCCUUAAGGAGGUUAUGAGGCAUGUUGGACUUGUUGAGAAGUUCAGCUUUCGGGUUGCGCGUUGUAAUGCAUCUAAUUAUCACCUGAAUUGUAUUUCUAAGACAUGUUCUUGGAUGAUGAGGGCAUCUAGUUUGAAUAAAUCGAGUUUAUUCAAAGUUAGAAAGUAUAUUACUCAGCACACAUGUUCUGUUAGAGAAAGAGUUUAUGCCAGACGUCAAGGGAUAACUGACGUUGUAGCUGUCUUGAUAAUGGAGAAGUAUAUUGAUCCAUCUAAGGUAUAUACUCCAAAAGAUGUAGCUGAUGAUAUGUUGAAAUUGCAUGGCGUUUCGUUGACAUACAUACAGGCAUGGAGAGCUAAAGAAAAAGCAGUAAAGUUGGUGCGAGGAGAUCCAGCAGAAUCUUAUGCAAGAUUACCUGGUUAUUUUUACAUUUUGGAGCAAACAUAUCCAGGAUCUGUUUUGAAAAUAAAAAGGAAUGGAGUUGUUGAUGGUGCGGCAUUAAAAUGUUUAUAUGGUGGUACAAUGUUAACUGCAAGCACAUUGGAUCCGGGAGGUCAUAUACUUUUAGACAGAAAUGAAAGCAUAUGGAAAGGGACAACAAAUGUAUAUCCUGAAUCAGAACAUUAUGCAUGCAUAUGGCAUUUAUCAGUCAAUGUGUUGAAGAAUUUCAAUAGAAAUACUGAAGAUUUGAAGAUUUUGUUCUUUUCAUUGGCAAAAGCUUAUACAAAACAACAGUUUGAGACAAUUAUGGGAAGAAUAGAUCAGAUAGAUACGCGAAUACGACCAUACUUGUUUGAUAUUGGUUAUAGCAAAUGGUCAAGAGCUUACUCGAAUUCUGAAGGAGCAAAGAAAUACAUAGUAAAUUUGAACACAAGGAUGUAUAGUUGCGGAAGAUUUCAACAUUAUGAGAUGCCGUGUGGUCAUGCAAUUGCUGUUCUCCGGUACAGGAAGUUACAUGAAGCAGAUUUCUGUUCUGCUUUUUAUAGCCUCAAGAAUUUCAAAGAUGCUUAUGCCAUUCCUGUCGAGCCUAUCCCGUGCGAGAGUACAUGGGAUAUACCAAGUAUAUUUCAGAUCCUAAAAUGA